AUGUGUUGUUUCCUUGGUUAUGGCACUGAACACAAGGGCUAUCGUUGUUGGGAUCCUCUCUCUAAGCGUAUUCGUAUAUCUCGUCAUGUUGUCUUCUGGGAGCAUCACAUGUUCUAUCUCGAGUCACCCUCCACAGCCUCCUGUUCUUCCGCCUUCUCCAUCUCCCGAACUUUUGAGAUGAAAGAUCUUGGUUCUCUCAGCUAUUUCCUUGGUCUAGAAGUCAUAUCCACCAAUGAUGGCAUCAAUCUCUCUCAAGCUAAAUAUGCUUCAGAUCUUCUUGCUCGAGCCGGAAUUACAGAUAGUCACAUUGAGUCUACUCCUCUUGAGCCUAAUCUAGUUGGAGGACUCGUCUACUUAACUGUCACCCGACCAGACAUCGCCUAUCCAGUUCAUGUCCUUAGCCAGUUCUUGUCAGCUCCUCGUACUACUCACUAUGCAGCAGUUCUUCGCAUUCUUCGCUACAUCAAGGGCACUCUAUUUCAUGGCCUUUAUUUUUCUGCCCAUUCCUCUUUGUCCCUUCAGGCAUACUCCGAUGCUGAUUGGGCUGGUGAUCCCACUGAUCGUCGUUCUACUACUGGUUACUGUUUGUUUCUUGGCAACGCUCUCAUUUCUUGGCAUGCUAAGAAGCAAACAUUUACUGCUAGAUCGAGCACAGAAACUGAGUACCGUGCCCUCGCUGACACUACUGCUGAAGUUAUCUCGAUUCGUUGGCUUCUCGAAGAUUUAGGUGCUCAUCAGUCGUCCCCUACUGAUGUUUUUUGUGACAACCGCAGUGCUAUUCAGAUUGCCCAUAAUGAUGUCUUUCAUGAACGCACCAAACACAUUGAGAUUGAUUGUCACUUUAUUUGGCAACGUAUCCUUAUUGAUGCUGUUCGUAUCAUUGUUGUUGGAACACUAGAUCAGACUGCUGAUAUCUUCACAAAAGCUCAUCACCCGACUCGUUUCCGGACUUUGUUAUCCAAACUCAAGAUGGUAUCCUUAGCUCCCACUUGA